CUUGCACGUCUGGCGAGUUUAUGCUCGAAACAGACGACACUCUCUUUUUAAAAGUGUUCGCUAGGCUGAGCUCACCGAAUGAGUUGGCAUUUACAAUGCAAGCUUUGGCCGAUAUAUUAUAGUAGGAGUAUGGAUCUUGUUAGGGCUCAGGAAUAUUGCUGGUAAUACUACUAGAAUACUGUGCCUGAUCCGCCGCUCUCAGGCACCAAAAUUGUACACAGAUUUCCACCCGCUAUUUCCUAGAAGUGGGUCCUGCGCUGGAUGUACAGAAAACUACGCACGAAUCGUAGAAUCCGCCAAAAGAACGGACCCAACUGUGGAUCAGGCGCUUCAAAGCCCUGUGAGCAAACAGACAUGUGUCCCACUCGUAACGACUUGCUCGCAUUGAAGCGCAUGGUUACCAAGGGGAGGCUGGAGGACUCCUUCGUUGUCGGCGGGGUUAUAGGUCAGGGUGGGUUUUCUACGGUGCGUGUAGCGAAGGAUAAACGGACUAACAAGAAGGUGGCUAUCAAAUACGUCGCAAAAA